UACCAUUCUAACUGUAGGGUGCAAUGUUCAGUCAGUGCACUGAAGUAAAUGCAUUUAGUGUUAGCGGUGUGAAUGGGUAGGUGUAACAGGCUCUGCCAGGGACUGGAGUUAUUUAAACGUUGCUGAUUUAACACUAUCAAUAGAGAUGUCUCCCGAUGAGCUGGUUUACUUAGGAAUCCUCGCUGCCUCCAUCCCUGUUGGGUUCCUCUUCCGUUACCUCAGUCCUCCUGUGAAGCAGGGGGCAGCUCUUCUUCUGGGCCUCUCUGUCGCCAUCGUCACCUGUCAGAUCCACACGCUCCACUCUCUGGUGACGGUGAUUGGAACAUGGAUUAUUAUAAAGAUCAGCUGGCGGCAUGCCCCAGCAUUGAGUCUCGGCUGGAGCUUCCUCUACCUCCUCUUCUUCCGGCUGGUCACUUGGUUCGGUCUGCCAGCACCGACACCUUUCGCCAACGCCAUCCAGCUGCUUCUCACUCUGAAGAUGGUGAGUUUAGCAAACGAGGUGAACAGCUUCCACAUGGAGAAGAAGAAGGACGUGAGCUCCUUUGCCAAGUCUCCUGUCAUUGGUGGUCUGUCUCAGGUGCCCUCCCUCUACGAUAUGCUGUCCUAUAGCUACUGCUAUGCCGGUAUAAUGACGGGCCCGUUCUUCCGCUUCCAAACGUACGUUGACUGGCUGCAGCAACCGAGCCCGCAGACCCUGCCCGGCUGGGGGCCGUGCCUGCAGCGCCUGAAGCUCGUUCCUCUCUACGGCGCUCUGUUCAUCACCGUCAACUCCGUCUUCCCACUCGCCUACGUUCGCACAGACGAGUUCCUGGAUGAGAACUUUUUCUUUAGGUAUUUCUACAUGGUAGCAGUGUUCUUCGUGUUCAGGAUGCGUUUCUAUGCAGCGUGGUGUGGAGCUGAGGCUGGUUUUAUCACUGCAGGUCUGGGCUGCUAUCCAGAAAAGGCGCUGUCCAAACCUGGAGGAGGACCCACUGUCAACUACAGUCCUGACCCCAGCGCAGACGAGACGUAUGACUUCAAAACCAUCCAGAACAUCGACUGCUACAACACGGACUUCUGUGUGAAGGUCCGCCACGGCAUGCGUUACUGGAACAUGACGGUGCAGUGGUGGCUGCAUCACUACAUCUACCCCAACGCCCCCUUCAGGGCCUACGCCCUCAGGGCCGGCUGGACCAUGUUCAUCAGCGCAUACUGGCAUGGACUUCAUGUGGGCUACUACCUCUCCUUCCUCACCAUCCCUCUGUGCAUCGCAGCCGAGUCGGCCAUGGAGUCGUCGGUCCGAGUUAGACUGGGUCCGUCUGGCCAGAAAAUCUUCGACUGGGUUCACUGGUUCUUGAAGAUGAGGUCGUACGACUACAUGUGCAUGGGCUUCGUGCUGCUCAAGGCCUCUGACACCAUCCACUACUGGACGUCCAUCUACUUCAGCAUGCACAUCAUCGCCAUCGCCUGUAUCAUCAUCGGCAGGGUUCUGAAGGGAGGGAAAAAGGAAGGAAGGAGAGUUGAAAAAGAGGACAAAAAAGAGGGAGAGAAGGUUGAAAAUGUAACAACGGGAGAGAAAACAGACUAAAUGGAGGUACAGAAAAAACAGGUUGGAUAUUUUUUGAGACAUGACAAAGGGUCACUGCAGGAUUUUCCAACAUCCAUUGCAUCAACACUCAUCUUACAAGCAACAAACCUCAAACAAAAAUGUCAUAGAAAAUGCAGUAGAUUAGAAGAGAGUGUGACAGGUUAGAACUGGUCGAAUACUUAUUAUGUGCAUAUAAGUACUGUGAAUACUGGGAGAGGAAUGUUUGAGCUCAAUGAAUGUUACUUUUGUAUUGUGAGUGGUAAUCGGGGUGUGGAAAGUUUAUUCAUUCCUCAUCCGAGCGCCUGUCUGUACAGUAAAUGUGCUUUUGUUUCACAAUACCAUUCCGAGUUUAAGUGAACUGUAAUGCUGGUCAAAAUAGGGGUUGUUGAAAUGGCAAGAUGUUGUUUUAAAAACAUUCAGUAGGGCGAAGCAAACAAUAACCAAACAAGCCUCGUAAGGUCGUAUAAAUAUUUAAAAGAGGAGAGAUUAAAUGUAAUUAAACGUAGUUUCCAUAACCAACAUAACAUUCCAGCAGCACUCAGUUACACAACGUUUGUAUUGGAGUACAGCAUGGAAAGAUCUUGAUGGGAAAAAAAUGACAUUAUAUGUCUUGUAUAAGCUUUCUGAUUUAUUUAUUUUGAGGAACAAAAUAAUGGCUUCCUAAAUCAUCACAAUGACAGUUUUUUAUCUCAAAAAAAUGAUGUUGUUGUGAUACAAUGUUAAACUUACUGUGCAUCCCCUGCAGACUACAAUUGUAUUGCUGCCUGGUUACUUACAACUUCUAUAAGUGUUUAAGAUUUUUGUUUCCAGCAUUAUAAUGUUCAUCAUUUUAUUGCCUGAUCCUUGAGAAUUUAAAAUGUAUUUUUCCUCAGUGUUUUUCUGCCUGUAACUGUGAGCAUAUCAGGAGCAUCUGCACGGACAUCUCAAGUGUCUGCUAAUGAGUGUUUGUAAGAUAGCAACACUGCCAAAAUGUCUGGACUGCCAUCGUGGACCAUUCAGGGUUGGGACCAAACAUUUAAUACAACACGUUUUCACAUAAUAACUAUUAGCUGCCAACGUAGAUCAUGAAUAACAGCACAGCUAGGGCUGGGCGAUACAUUUGAAAUCAUCUUCACAGCGAUGACUAGAGAGGCAUUCGCAGAGCUCAGGCCUCGGGCCAGACCAUUUGCAGAACGGGAAAAGAAAACUGUCCGCUUGGUGAUACUGAUCUGCUCCAACAUUUAAUGGGUUCUUUCUUGGCACAUGCUACCACUAGUUUCCCCCUAAUCUUACUGUCAAAUCACCAAACCGAACCGAAAACAAUGUCUCUAUUGAUAUACGGCACCAUAUGAAAACUGUAUGCAAACUAUAUGUAAAAUAGCCCAAAAGCAGAAUUGUUUAGAAAGAUCAGAAUCUAUGGUUAUAUUUUCACAAUUCACAGCUGAUAAAUGAAGAUAUUGUUUUAUCGCCCGGCCCUAACCUCGAUAAACUGCGAACAAGUUGGAAAAUAUGUUGAGUUGUUUCACUCACUCCUGUCUCAAACUGUGUGACCACUACUGUGUCUUUGUUUUAUAUGUGCAUGUCUGAAAGCAGAGUAGAAAAACAUCUUAUCUCCUAAUGUCAUUUUGUUCUCCACAUGUUACCUGUAACUGAUUUGAUUUACAGAUGUAUUUUGAGUCUUGCCUUUACCCUUUAUGUGCCAAAACCUUUUUUUUCUCUCUUGCACACAGAUGAUUGUGAUUUGUAGUCCUUCUAUUGCUCGCUCACCUCCAGCAUAUUUAUUUAAGCCUUUUGUCUCUUUUCUUUAGCCUCACAAACUGCACCUGCUGCACUCCCUGCUCUGUGACGCUGUAACUUGUGAAAUACAUAUCAGCAUUUCCUCCACAA